GUGAGGCUCUGCGCUUGGAUUGCCGGGAUGGCUCCUCAGUGUCGUGGGAAAGGCAAGGAUCAUCUAGAACAUGUCUGACAAAGCAUGGAGAUACAAAGCGGAAGGGACAAAAGCUGCUGUCAUUAGUCUAGUCCAGCCACAGCAAUUUUCCAUUAUUUUCCAUAGGAAGCUGGAUGAGAAGAGAUCAUAGCUGGAACACAGUUAAGGGAGUCUCUUUCCGCCUCAUCAUUUUGGGAGCCAGAAAUGAUCCUUGCUGCCAGAACAUCUCUAGGAUUGAAUCCACUGAUUCUGGCUUAAAGAUAUGUUCUGUGUUAUGCGACCAAGUACUUUGGUGAGAGAAGCAGGAGCCCUCUGCGGUUAAAGGCGCACACCUUUUUCCAUGUUUGGACCAUCACUGUUCAGCUGAGACUACUGAAUCAAUUCCAUAUAUGCUUUGUUGCAUCAUCUUUGUGCAUCAAUGAAGAAUCCAAAUAUGGCUUCGUUCAAGCAACAGAAGGUGGAGGACGUUUAUGAGAUUGGGGAAGAGCUAGGAAGUGGCCAGUUUGCUAUAGUGAAGAAAUGCCGAGACAGAAGCACUGGUGUGGAGUAUGCUGCAAAGUUCAUUAAAAAGCGUCAGAGUCGGGCCAGCCGUCGCGGAGUGAGACGUGAGGAAAUUGAACGGGAGGUGACUAUUCUGCAGCAGGUCCUGCAUGCCAACAUCAUCAAGUUGCACGACAUCUAUGAGAACAAGACAGAUGUGGUCCUCAUCCUUGAGCUGGUGUCUGGAGGAGAACUUUUUGACUUCUUGGCACAGAAGGAGUCUUUGAGUGAAGAAGAAGCAACCAGAUUCAUCAAGCAGAUUUUGGAUGGUGUGAAUUACCUUCACUCCAAUAAAAUUGCUCACUUUGAUUUAAAGCCUGAAAACAUUAUGCUUCUAGACAAGAAUAUCCCUAUUCCACACAUCAAACUUAUUGACUUUGGCCUGGCUCACAAAAUAGAAGAUGGUGUUGAAUUUAAAAACAUUUUUGGGACUCCAGAAUUUGUAGCUCCAGAAAUAGUAAACUAUGAACCACUUGGAUUAGCUGCAGAUAUGUGGAGUAUAGGAGUCAUCACCUACAUACUGCUUAGUGGUGCAUCGCCUUUCCUUGGAGAAACUAAACAGGAAACGCUUGCCAACAUCACAGCUGUGAAUUAUGAAUUUGAUGAAGAAUUUUUCAGCAAUACCAGUGACCUAGCAAAAGAUUUUAUCCGGAAACUCCUGGUGAAAGAUACACGGAAACGGCUUACAAUUCAGGAAGCUCUGUCUCACCCAUGGAUAACGCUGAAAGAAGAAACAAAAGUCCAAGAAAACAAGAAAGUUGAGAACACGCAGUUGAAGACUAAACGGCUAAGGGAGUACACCAUAAAAUGUCAUUCAAGUAUGCCUCCCAAUAAUACCUAUGUCAACUUUGAGCGCUUUGCCCAAGUAGUAGAAGACAUUUCACUUAUGGAACGGGGUUUCAGCGCUUUGGCUGUGUCCCAUGAUUCCUUACAAGAGGACAUCAAUGCUCUGGUUUCCAUUUAUGAUGAGAAGGAAGCUUGGUAUAAAGAGGAGAAUGAAAGUGUGAGGCACAAGCUGUCUCAGCUGAAGUAUGAAUACCGUAAAAUUGAAUCCCUGAAAAGACAUCUGCAAGAUGAUAUCAAGACUGUAGGCACCAGUCUUACAGGCAUAACUGGGAAAUACACUGAUCUGCAGUGUCAGUACGAGUCUCUAAGUCGAGAACUUUCUGAGGAACUGAAGUGGAUCCAGGACUUAAUGAGUAGUUUUCGAAUGGAAAAUGGAAAUGAGACCUGUGUGAAUGGAAACUUUGACUCUGUGUUCAACAAAGAUAUUAAUGAAUCGGUAAUGGAGCUGUUAAAUAGAUCUUGCUGUGAAGAAUUCCUUGCAGGGAUGAAUCUUGAUGUGGCAGAAUCAAAUCAUUAAUGUUGGUAGAUCAGAUUAGGUGCAGAGUUUGCAUGUUUUUGCUGUCUGCCUUAUUGUACAGCAAUAAAUUCUCAGUGCAUAAUUUCUACAUAAAAACAUCACUUACUACUGAAAUAGCAAUUCUGAUACAUGGCACAAACCACUGACCAAGCCAUAAACUUAGUGGUUUGUAGUGCUGUUUUCCCAUGUUCCGUGUAUGAACUUACAGGGAACUAGAUUAUCACGAUGGUAUGGAGCACUUUUAACCUUACAGGCAUAUGCACUGACUUCAUCAUAUAUGCAGCUGCUGGAGAUUACUAGGUAAUUAAAUUGGAAUGAAGAGUAGUCCAGUCCAUUCUGACUGGAGAUCAUGUGCCUGGAAACCUGUAAAAAUCUCAUGGUAGCAUCUUUGGCUGGGUGAAGAAAACAGCCAUGUAGACCUGCUGCAGAUAGUUCUACGGAGCAGAUGAGAGAAUUUCUUACAAAGGUUAAAUCUGUCCUGUAAAACAGGGUAAAUGAAGCAGUAAUUUAACAUUUAGUACUGUAAAAAAUCUCCAUGAAAAUAACUGCUGAUGAAAAAAAAAAAAAAUGUUAAGAUGAUCUUUUUAGGCCAGUUAGGCAGGGGUCAGUCUUUUACUAUCAACAGGUGUUAGCUACUGAUUAAUCCUUUUGUUUAAAAUCCAAUUAUGUUUCCUAUCCUGUACCAAAGAAAUUCUAUUUAAAAGACAAAACUGAAUUUGUAAUGAACUCAUCAAAUAACUGUGUAUGUAAUUUCACUGUGCAAAUAUUAAUUUGUCAGUGAUGAUAAGCAAUAUCAUAGAAAGCAAACUGGAGGUCUAUGAUGAAGACGACAAAGCAAACAACUAACUUAAUCUACCAUGUGGGAUUUGAGACCAGUGUUUUUGUUGUGAAGAUUUUUAAGUGUUAGAAAGUAAAAGAGUUGGCCCAAAACUGAA